AUGUCCUCCAUGCAUGCCUUUGCCCGCAAUUCCUCCUCCGAAUCCUCUGACAAUGAUGACCCCAACGCCGAAGAAACAGAAUUCGCAGACUACAAUCCUCGCAAGCGUCGUCGCACCACGAAAGAGAGCGCAGCUCUUGGCGUAUUCGGAUCCGAAAGCGAGGACGAUGGACCUGGGAAGCGAUGGAAGAAGAAGAAUCUGAGAGGGAAGGGCAUGAGUUUUGUUUCGACGGGGCAGAAAACUUUGGAUGAUGAUGAAGACGAGGACGAGGAUAUGGAUGAUGUGGACGAUGAUGAACAGGAAGAAAGACCGAGGGGCCUGGGCCUUGGCGCUAAGGGAUUGGGAUUUCAACCUGCCAAAGCUGAAUCAGAAGAGGAAAGCGAAAAGCCGAAAGGAUUAGGGAAGGGCUUGGGUUUUGGUGCAAGAGGAUUAGGAUUCCAGAGUCCCGCGCCCUCGAAGUCAAAGACACCAAGUUUCGGUACACCUCUUGGAAUGGGCUUCACGCCUACUUCAGCCAAUAUACCUAUCCUCAAUGUAGCGGAUGAAGAAGUUUCGACACCCAGGAUGUCGAUGCCCAGCGCUUUUUCGACGCCAGCAACGGGAAAGGGGAAAGGGAAAGCUGCUGUAGCCGGACCUAACCCAGGUUCGUUCGCAGCCCGGAUGAUGGCAAAGAUGGGUUAUAAAGAAGGGCAGGGUCUUGGAAAGGAGGGCCAGGGUCGAAGUGGGGUCAUUGAGGUUGUGCAGCGUCCUCAGGGAGCUGGUCUUGGUGCUGUCAAGGAGAAAUCAAAGCAAGAAAUUGCAGAGGAGAAAAGACAGGCGGAAAUGAGAGGCGAGACGAUUGAGGAUUCUGAUGAGGAGAGAAAGAAGCGUCGUAGGAAGCCGAAGGGUAGCGGUGCGGAUAGUGGGACGAGCGGGAUGAACACACCGAGAAGGGUUCAAAAGCCCAAGUUUCGCACGUUGGAGGAGGUGCAGAAGGCUGCUCCUGGUCUGAAAAUUCCGGAUGUGUUUGCGCCUAUUUUGGAUAUGUCAGGGCCUGGGCAGCGAUUGCUUACUUCUACAUCGGGACUUUUGACACCAACUGCUGUUUCGUUCGAAACUGUUGAACAGACAGAGUCUAGGAAGUUGGUUCGACGGGCUCAGAAUGAACUUUCGGCUCAUGUGGAGGAAUGGAAGAAUCUCGAUGAGCGGAAGGCCUAUGUUGCGAUGGAAACUCUACAAGAACAGCAGGGUAUUGAUGAGUUACAGGCAGCCGUGGAUCAAUUCAAACUUUUUGUGGAUGCUGCUCAAGAUAUUUUACAGGCUUCAAAAGAUGGGCAGUGGGAUCCUAUCAUUGAAGCCCUUACGACUGCGGAUAAACUUCAAGUUUCUGGGGUCAGUGAAGAAUUAUCAAACACUUCAGUGGCUGCGGUACAUCCGUUCUUAAGUCAGGCAAGUGAAGGUUGGCACCCACUUCAAGACCCAAAAUUGAACGGCAUGGCGCCUCAAUUAUUUGAAAUACGACACAUCUUAGGAGCUACGCAAAACAGUGCAAUUACGAAACAGAGUCAUCAGCUCAACGGCCACCGAAAGGGCAAAUCAACGACUUGCUACGAAAGCAUGAUAUACAAAAUCGUAUUUCCCAAGAUCGUCUCAGCAAUCAAUCAAUCCUGGGAUGUACACAACCCAGCUCCAUUGCAAGCUCUCCUCGAUGCCUGGGAAGGUCUUCUACCACCCUUUGUCCGUUCCUUGCUUCUCGACCAAGCACUAGUCGGGAAAUUGAACGAAGCAGUCUCAUCUUGGAACCCCCGCAAACGACGCUCCCACGAGCUCCCCCAUCUCUGGCUGUUCCCCUGGCUCCAAUACCUUCAACCCCACCACGCAGACCCAAAAAGCUCCCACGGUCUUGUCAGCGACGUGAAACGCAAAUUUCGGCACCUCGUCGACUCCUGGGAUUACCGCAAAGGCGUUGUUCCCGGUCUACGCCAGUGGAAAGAAGUCUUGUGUCCAAGCCCCAGGAACGACCAAUGGACCCCAUUGAUUAUGAACCACGUCCUACCAUCCAUGGGCCGAUUCCUCAAAAAUCCACAAUACUUCGUGGUCUCACCACAAGACCAAGAACCGUACAUGGGCGCCCUACAAGGCAUCUUCGCUUGGCAAGAUAUACUGAAACCCCGCACCGUAGCACAGGUCAUCGUCGACGCCGUGUUCCCUAUGUGGCACGACGUGCUACACCAAUGGCUUACAUCCACCGGCCCGAACGAGGAGAUCGGCCAAUGGUUCGAGUGGUGGCGCGACGAUGUAUUCCCAGCUGACAUCAAGAACCUGAAGAGUAUACAAGACGAGUUUGAAAAAGGUCACGAGAUGAUCAACCAAGCCCUCGAUCUCGGCUUCAGAGCCUCAACUCAUCUCCCCGCCCCCCGCGCCACCUCUCCCCCCAAACAUGCACCCGUCGCUCCUCCCAGACCUGCACCAGAGCCAGUUAUCGAGGAGGUUACUUUCAGACACAGAGUCGAAGACUGGUGCAUUGACAACGACCUGCAGUUCCUGCCGGAAAAGAAAGUCAUGCACGAUCGCGGACAACCGCUGUACCGUAUCACUGCAGCGGGGAACGGCAAGAAUGGCACGUUGGUGUUUUUCAAGGGCGAUAGUCUUGUCAGUGUGAGUAAGAAGGGGGAGUUGGGCAUUGUGUGGGAGAAUGAACAGGCGAGGGAUGCGCUUCUGGGGGCUGCGUGGACGAAUGUGAAAUGA